CAUCCCAUGGACUAAAGCACUUAACACUUCUAAAACUGGACAUGAGAAAGAGUUUGAGAUUUGGAAGAAGGAGCAAAGCUCUGAAGGACAACAGCAGGACUCCUUUAAUAAAGGAGAACAACAACAACAUACAAGAUGGGUAUGACCAGGCAGGUGACGGGUAUGACCUCCCGUGUCAGAACACCUUCCACGAGGAACAGUGUCUGCAGAACAAGAAUCCGGUCAGAUCUCAGGAACUCGCUCAGCUUCUGGAGGUGGUCCCUGACGCCAUCUCCAUCACCUCUGAGGAUGGAUACAUGUGCACCGUUCAGCCUGAGCCAAGUUCAGGACAACACAACCUCACACUGAGUGUGGUGAGCCUGAUACAGAGAUCUGUGUCCGAGCACUUUCCAAAGCCACCAACACAUCCGGACCAGAACCUUCGGCAGCACCUGCUGCAUGUACAGGAAGCUGUGGUCAGUGAGCUCGUGAGGCUGGGUCCCCUGCUGGACCCUAAAGGGCUGAUGGGAUGUCUGAUCGAUUGCUACCAUCGUCAGACAUUUGACCACCUCCACAGUCUGCUCCAGAACGUCACCUCCACCCACAGCUCCUUUGUUCUGAUGAACUGGGCCACACAUACAUACCAUAGUAAAGAGCUGCUUGGUCACCCUGAGCUCCAGAAAAUGGAUCCCAUCAAAAAAGUCGAUGUCCUGCUGUUCAAGGAAUGGUCAGAGAAAGCAAAAGACAAGCUGCUUGAAAAUGUGCAGACGGAGGUCAGAAGGUCUCUGGAGAAAAUCCUGCAGAUUGAGACAAGACAAGGACAUUGUGACUGUGAGGAAGAUUACGUUGGACUCUAUGUGGACAUUAUUCAGUGCAUUGAUGCCAUUCACAAGGAAGCACAGAAAAUCUCCUCAAAACUGUCUCACCAAGUGCAAGAGAUUUGUUUCCGUGAGCUGCUGAUAUUUGUGAGCAGGUACAACACUGAACAGACUGAGGCUCUUGGAAAAAUAGCAAACAUGGACAAACCAGCAACAAUACAUUUCCUCAAGACUUUGAGAACAUGUAAAGAACUCAAGCAGUACGUCCAGACUAAAGGCACAGGCAUCAAAACAUCCCCUCUCAAGGAAACUGUGCAAACGCUUGAAAACUUGGAGGCUUCUGCUUUGGACCUUCUGAUGGACGUCGUAGCUGACAUCGCAGAGAGCCACCUUAAGAAGUACUUCACAUCAGAUAGCAGGCGGUUCCUCUUGUUGUCAGCACUGAAGGAGCAUUUCCCCAAGCUGCGGUUUGGUUUGGAAGAACAAAAGACAGUGAUGGACGAGGCUUACAAGCUCAUCGUUCGUAUUUACGUCAAACGUCUUGUCAAGAUCAGCCAGAGCAAACUGAAGAAGAGGUGGAGCGCUGAUGUUGGACAAACAGUCACUGAAGACGCUGAACUUCUUCACAACACCAUCUCAGACCUGGCUCCUGGUGUCCAGCAGUGGAACCUCAUGCUGCUUAGAGUCACAGACAUUUUGGAGUGCAACAGCAUCGAGGCUCUGAAGAUCACAGUUGCAAGCAUGCAGAAGCAGUUUCUCACAAAAAGCAAUGACAUGGAGUUCCUGCGCACCCUGCUGCGGUGGAAGGGUCUCUCUAAACGGGAGGUCACUGAGGUGCUGGACGCCCUUCCACCCGACUUUCAACCCAGACCUGAUCCGGAUCAUCAGCCCAGGAGUGCCAGACCCUGGUGCAGCUGUUUUAGCUGCCUCAGCUGCUGAAGACUGAGGUUUUCCACAGAGGAUCAACUGCAACAAGCAAAGAGGACAGAGCUGUUUGUUCAGGAUGUUCACAGGAUUAUGAACGUUGUGAUCAGCUCAGUCGUGUUCAAACUCAUUCCGUUACUGAUUUCACUUCUCAAAUCUGACCUUAAGACACAGAUGUAGAUAAAGAGAAGAAGGCACUUUACAGGACAUUCAGACUGUGCACGAGACUGCCUAUGUAUGAGUGAGCCUGUGGAUGAGUGAGCCUAUGUAUGAGUGAGCCUGUGGAUGAGUGAGCCUGUGGAUGAGUGAGCCUAUGUAUGAGUGAGCCUGUGGAUGAGUGAGCCUGUGGAUGAGUGAGCUUAAAUAGCAACUGAUUUCCUUUCAAGUGUUGCUGCCAUUUAAGGAAAAGUAAAAAGAAUUUUUUUUAUCUUCUUAGCAAAAAAACUCUGUAUUUAGAGCUUCCUUCCUUCAUUGCAAUUUUAUCUUCGCUUCAUUUUGCAAAGAAAUGCUAAUAUUCUAAAGCAUAUUUGUAGGUAAUGUGUUUACUUUUGUCACUACAAGAAAAAGCAGUAGAAAAAAAUAUAGUUUGGUUUAAGAAGUUGUUGAAGUUGUUUACAUGCACACAUUUUUUAAUAUUUAGGUUGAGGUUAAAUAUUAUUUAUUAUGUUUUAAUUAUUACAUGAAUAUACAAUUUUUUUACAAAUAUGUCCCAAUAUUCACUCUGCAGCAAUCGAUCACUCAAAUCAAACAUUACUAAAAACUCUUCUGUUUCACUUACAGAGAAAACAUUUCUGAAUUAAACUUGGACCAUAGAUUCUGAUUAAACUUGAAUUUUUAAAAGAGAUGUGCUGUGUACUUACCAGCACAAAUCAGGGUAAAGAUCUGGGGUUACUGGGUUAUGCUUUCGGUGUGAUGUGCAAUGUGCCGGUUUACGGGUUUUCUUUAUUUUCAUGUUUUCUGCUUGAAUAUACUUGAGCUAUUUUCAAAGUUACUGUAUUCUUCUACGGUGGGUCGUUUGAUGAGAAAUGAACUUUCCUGCCAGCAGUGUCAAGAAUAAAUUUCGGUACAGUUUAU